AUGUACGGCUGUGAAUGGGACGAUGAGACCGGUGAAGUGAAUGGAUAUGAACAAGAUGCAUUUGAUGGAGAAGAUUUCAUUGUGUUUGACCUGAAGACACUGACAUGGAUCGCACCGAGACAAGAGGCCUUCAUCACCAAACUCAAGUUGGACAGUGAUGAAGGUUAUAAAGCCUAUAAUAUAAACUACUACACCCAGAUCUGUCCUACGUCGCUGAAGAAAUACGUCAGUCAUGGAAAGGACGCUCUGAUGAGGACAGUCCUCCCGUCCAUCUCUCUGCUGCAGAAGUCCUCGUCGUCCCCCGUCACCUGCCACGCCACUGGUUUCUUCCCCGGCCAAGCCUCUAUCUUCUGGACUAAAGAUGGAGACAUUUACUACGAGGGCGUGGACUUUGGGGAGACCCUGCCCAACAACGACGAGACCUUCCAGACCAGUGUGGAGCUGGACGUGUCCUCUGUCCCAUCGGAAGACUGGGGCCGCUACAACUGUGUGUUCAGGCUCUCUGGAUACAAAGAAGAGAUCAUCACACGACUGGACAAAGCCGCGAUCAGGACCAACGAGAAGCCCACCUCUUCUCUGAUCGUCACUGUUGUUGUGCUCGGUGUCUGUGCCGCUGUCGCUGCUGCUGCUGUGGGGUUUUUCAUCUACAAGAAGAAGAACGCCAAGCGCCCUCCAACCCCUGUGAGCGAUAGAGAAGUCGAAGAGGAGCUGAAUCCAAAAUGA